GGUGGGUCUUGUGACAUGAUUGCGAUUGAUUGCCACUACCCCUGCCGUAGGCUCACUUCAGUGGGGCUGUUCAGCCCCCAGGUGCAACUUUCAAUGUAGCGAGAUCGGCCGCAGCGCGGAUGAUUUUCCCGUUGCUAUGGCUGCUGGCAAGUGCGGCAUCUCCGACCAUCCAGUCGCCGGAGGAAAUGGCGGGUGUUUUGCAGGAUGUUCAGCAGCUAGGCAUCAGCCUUGCCAAUCGAAACCUGUCAGCCAUUCAGAAGGUUUUGAUGGCAGUGGCCGCCAGUAAUGCGACCAACAGCACGGCCGACAACGUCCUGCAUGGCGUGGAUGAGAUCGUGAAUGAGACGCUGGAGCCUGCCGUGGAGAGGGACUUCAGCGUGGCGCAAGAUGAGAUUUCUGGUUUCCAUGAGCUUUUCCUCAAGUGUGAAGAGGAUCAGCUUUCAGCCUUCAACCACUCUGUGUUGGAUCAGAAAAAAAUCGUGCACUUUGCUGAAGAGCACCUCAUAUGUCGUCAGCAUCAAGUGCUCCUGCUAGAUGCGAAUUUGUCCUGCACUACGCUGCUGCAAGCAGCCAAGACGGUUGAGGAUGCCAAAUGUGCAUUAUAUGAACGUUCCCGGACGGUGCCGGAGGCGAGCGUCGUGUGCCAGGCGCAGGCGCAUGAAGCUCCUGAGGCGUAUCACGAGCGAAAGAUCAAGGAGUUGGAAGAUAGCCUUGCACAACUGCUAACACGGAGGAGAGACUGUGAGGAGGCCAAAGUUCAAGCACAGAUGCAAUCUGAACGAUGUGAGAAGGCACGGCAGGACUUGGCCAAUGGACACAAGGCCUGCGACGAGAAGCAGCUGAUGGUGGACAGCACAGUGUGCGCCUUGCAGACGCGGAUGGGUGUGGACUGCUCCGCCUAUGACAGUUGCCGAAAGCAGGCCAUGGCUUCCUUCAUGCAGGCCAAUGAAAGUGUCAAAAUGACGGAAGCCGAACUCAAAGCCACAUGGACGAUGCUGAAACAGGUGCGCUGUAUGAUCAACGGAGCCAAAGAGCGAAGUCCCUUGAAAGUAGCUCUUUGCAGUAAACAACGGAAUUUCAGUGUGGCGCACCUCAUCAUCAACUACUCAACCGUGCCUCCCUUCGCGCCCUGUCAGAGCUUAGCAGAGCCUCCAGGGUCGCCGCAGUACAUGACAGCCUUGUAUGGUCACAUGCCACCGCGUGCGCCGGCCUCCCCGUGCGAAGCGUCGUGUUGCAACCUGCAAGUUGUGCGUUGAGGCAGCCAGCAAUGGCCAUUUAUAGUGGAUUUUCCCAUUAAAAAUGGUGAUUUUCCAUAGCUAUGUGGCUGUUUACCAGAGGGUACUUCCAGAA